AUGGAAUCAGAGAGCACGCAUCCUUCGACCAGUUUAGUCAAAUGCUGUGAUUGCAGUUGUAGUUCUUGCGAUACAACAACUGGAUCUUAUUCUAGAUCAUGGAUACGUUCUGUGAAACGAAAAUUAGACGAAUAUGAAGGAGAUGGCGGCAAAUUUUUCAUACCAGGUCUUCAGAUUCAUGAUGUCGCCCGUGUUGAAAUUGAAAACGAAUGCGAUGUGUUACGUGAAAUGGUCAGCAAUCAACAACGCACCAUUCAGGACCUCAUUUCUGACCUAGAAGAGGAAAGGUACGCUUCUUCUUCAGCUGCAAAUGAAGCCAUGUCUAUGAUCUUAAAAUUACAACGUGAAAAAGCUGAAAUCCAGAUGGAGGCCAGACAAUUUAAGCGUUUUUCUGAAGAAAAAAUGGCUCAUGAUCAACAAGAGCUUAUGGCGUUAGAAGAAUUGUUAUAUAGAAGGGAGCAAUCUAUUCAAUCAUUGACUUGUGAAGUUCAAGCAUAUAAACACAGAAUGAUAAGUUAUGGUCUUACAGAAUCUGAAGCAGAUGGGGAGAAAAGCUUCAUCACACGCGAAAACAGUGUAGCCACAAAUCUAGAAAGCCAAUUUCAAUUUGAUUUUCCUUCAUAUGAUUACCCUCCUCUCAAAUGCAAUUCAAAUGAAAAUCAACCUUAUCAAGAACACGACAAUGAAACAGUUGAUAUAGAAAAGUAUGCAUUCGGUGAAACCCCACGUUCAUUAAAAGACAUUGAAGAAAGAAUCAAUCAAUUGGAGAAAAGCCCUACGCAUAGUCAACCCGUUCUUGAAAAAGUCAUAGUUGGUCAUUCCCCAAUCAAGAAACAUUCUAGAAGAUUCUCCUGUGAUAGUGCUGGAACAUAUUAUGCAACUGUUAGAGAAGACUUGAGUGGCAAUGUGAAGAAGAUGGAGGAUGAUUUUGGUAAUUUCAAGAAAGUGGAAACCGUUUCAGAAUUUGGAGAUGACACAAGUGACAGGAUUUAUACCAUUGAUUUUAUACAUAACAAUGAUCAAAAGGCGAAUAUUGGUAGUUAUGAUGAUUUUAUGAGUAGUACACCUAAAGAGUCAUCUUCACGAACUGAUAUUGAAGAUCCAGAAGUGAAGAAGCUGUAUAUGAGGCUUCAUGCACUUGAAGCUGAUAGGGAGUCAAUGAGACAAGCUCUUAUUUCUAUGAGGACUGAUAAAGCUCAAUUGGUUUUGUUGAAGGAGAUUGCUCAACAAUUGGCUAAAGACAUGUCACCUCCAAGUAGGAUGAUUGGAAAGAAGGCAUCUAGUCGUAUGGAUUCUUCCUUCUUCUCACUUUUCAAGAGGAUUGUAACAUUUGGUUAUUUUGGAAGGAGAGCACAACGAAAUAAGCAUAUUUAUAGUGCGCUUGCAGACAAUGCAGGGUUGCUAAUGCUUCUAAAUAAGGGACCUCAGAUGGGGCAAUGGAGGUGCCUUUCAACUACACAAGUUUGACUCACAAAUUAAAUUAGAAAAAAAAAAUCACUCUGUAUCCAUUUUUUUUUUGCUGAUGUCAUCCGUAUUAACUAGCUCUUGAACGUGCUGUAUUUUUACAUCACACGCUUAUAUUUUUAGAUUUAUCUAUUAUUUAUUUUGAUUUUCAAAAUUCAUAUUCACA